AAUCUAUAAAAUUCCUUCGAAGUUUUUUUUUUCGUUUUAUUAAUGAUGAUGGAAUUGAAUUCAUUAACAGUAUUAUCUAUCGUUUCAUUUUUCUUUGUGAUUUAUCUAUCAAUAAUAAAAUAUGCAUUUAUGAAAUAUAGUGUGAAAGGUUGUUCAAAAGGAUAUCCUACUAAUAUUUUUAAUUAUGAUGUAAAAGAGAAAAAAGCUUCUCCAACCACUUUGCAACAAGUCGUUACAUGUCAGCCAACAUUAACAACUUAUUCGACAAAUUCUCCUUACUGUACCGAACAUAGAUUGCUAAGUCUUAGAAAGCAUUUUGAGAAUGUUAGAAGACACAGAAUAUCACGCAGAAAAGCACGAGAAGAUUACGUGCGUGCUUUGGAAGUUAAAGCUCAAAAUUUUGAAAAGUUGUAUGCCGAUACUCAAAGAGAUAUUAAAAUUCUGAGAGAAAAAUUAACUUUACUCGAAGGAAGACUCAUUAAGGCUCAAAAAAUCCAUAAUAUCAACAACGCUUCAUAUUUAAAUCAAGUUGAAGGGCGAAAUAAUGACGACUCUUUAAGUAACGUAAUUAUAAGUAAUGGACUUUCAGCGAGUAAUAAUCAUGGAGAAGAAAAUAAUGAUGCUACCGUUUAAAAGAAAGAAUUAUUUUUCUAACUUUCUGAAAGUGUUCAUUCAUAUUUAUCGUAGUUCUGCUAAUCAGGAAAUUACAUGUAUAUAUAUACAGUAUAUUAGUAUUUCUUUCUACACCUUUUUUUAUAGAGAGCGUUGGGAUUUUGAUCAUACCCGAUUUAGUGAGACAACAAUAAAUAAAUUGCUUUAUCUUUUUUUUUGAAUAUAAUCAUGGUACUUUGAGCAAUUUGCGCAUGGACCGCUGAGAACACUUUUAAUUGAUUGAGCACGUGAAUUUUUUCAUUAAGGCAGGUAGUCCGCGGAAAAGUUAAUCGCUUAAAUUGAAUGAAAGAAAAAUUCUUGUAACCUUUUAAAAUCUUUCCUCAUAUCGUUUUUUUUUUCAAAAAAAAAAAAA